AUGAACCUAAUUAUAAUUAAUCCCGAAGAUAUUAAUGAAGAUAUGGAAGUAUUACUUUCAAAGAGACAAUCUAGCCAUUGUGUAAUUGUAUUAGGAGUUUCUUUAGGUUCAAAGGUGUUUGUAGGGGUAAAAAAUUCUGGACGUGGAACUGCGACUGUUAUAAAAGUAAGUGAAGAGUUUUGCAAUAAUACAAGUACAAAUAGAAAGUUAACUGAAGUAAAUAAGUAUUCUAAAGAAUUUAACUAUAAAGAUAAUGACGAUAAAACCGAAAUAUUUAUGGUUACAGAUGAAAUUAUAUAUAGAGAUAAUGUGUCAGCUAAAGAUAACUAUUUAAAUAAACCUAUUAUGAAACCUAAGAGAAGAAAUAUAUUUCAGAUAAAUAGCAAUAAACAUAUUUCAUACAGCGUAGUAGUUCGUCUUGAUAGCCCAUUUCACAAAGAUGAGUAUACAGGUGAUUUUCCUGUUAUUGACCUACUUGUAGCGCUUCCAAGGCCAAAAGUGUUUGAUAAAGUCUUGCAGUAUGCAGCAUCUAUUGGAGUUGGUAGAAUAAUUUUUGUUUGCACAAACAAAUCUGAGAAAUCGUAUUUGAAUUCAUCAAAGCUUCAUAGAGAAUCUAUUCAUCAUAGUAUUCAACUUGGAUUAGAACAAGCAUGUAAUACACUCUUCCCUGAAGUUUAUCUUUAUGCAUCAUGGAACUCUUGUCUAAAAUAUCUAAGGGAUGAUUUUCUUGAUAAAAAUACAAUGUUAGGCAUUAUUGCUGAUAACAAAAGUAGUACAAUUAUAUCGGAUGUAGGACUUCAAAGACAUACUGGUUCUGCAAUUAUUGCAGUAGGGCCAGAAGGUGGAUGGAGUCAAAGUGAAAUUGGCGACUUAAUUGGUUUAGGUUUCAAAUCUUGCAGUAUUGGGUCACGUGUGUUGAAAGUUGAGGCUGCAAUGAUUGCUUUGUGUUCUCAGGUCGAGCUACUUUUAAGAGAUAAAACUAUUCGUAAUGGGAUUGAAUCUGCAAGUAGGUCCUCGUGUUGGCCUAAAUUCCAAAACAAGCCGGGUAAUUUAAGAUGGUUUCCUCAUUGUUACUUAUUUUCCUUAUUUAUCAAUUCUUUUUUCAGGACUUUUAAUAUUGCCAACUCGCAGUAAAAAGUGAAACUGUGCGUACUAAAGUUGUUGAAAUAUAAUUAGUAGGCAGUCUGUACAUUAUAGUGAUUUUUUUUUUUAUUGAUUAGUUAUAACAAA